UUGUCGGGUGACGCUGAAACCUCUGUAGAGAGCACCUUGCAAAGCACCAACUUUCCCUUUUUUAAACAGAGAGAAAGAAAAUCAGUUUUUGUUCAUGAAGCACCGCUGGACAUCAAUUCCAGGGGAGAGUUUGGGAUCUUCGGUGUAAAAUAGUAUAGAAUUGAGAACAGAGAGCUGAAGUGACGGUGUUUUUCAUUGCGUACUGACUUCGGAAAACGUAAAUUGUACAGCGAUGUAUGCAGUAAGGCUGUGUGUGUAUACCGAGAUGCAGAUAGCGUUCGUGUGUGUGUAAUACACACCUGCAUUAACACAGUGAUCUCUCUUUAUCCAUGGCGAUAGUAACAGUUGUUCAACUCUCCUCGCAUCACCGCAUACUAGCGGCUGUAGUACAUAGAGAAUAGGUAUCGUGUGCAUCCAUGGUCCGGCUCAGUGCUGCCCUCCUGUGGUGCGAUCCGAGCACUGCAGGCACGAGGAGCCGCGCCGCGGAGGGGAGACGAACCUGCUGCUGCCCUCCUGUGGUGCCGUGUCCUAUAGGCAAGUCCUCAGUGCUGCCCUCCUGUGGCUCGCGCUCCGCAUUGCAGCAAUGAGAGAAGGGCGGAAAGAAGAGAAAGGGGCGGGGCCGCCGGCGUGUAUCUAACGGGGCUUCGCGGCCCGGGGAUCCUGGCACAACAAAACGGGCCCAGUGCCGCUGUCCGGAGCCUCGCACUGGACACCGAAACCAAGAAAUUCAGCCGGAGAAAUAAAACCAGGCCCGGUGCUGCCGUUCCGUGCUGCACAGUGGGCAUUGCGGCCGGGCGAGAAGGGCCGGACAAGGUCUGAGAGAGAGCAAGCAGCUCGGUGCCGGCGGGCUAUGGGUCUUGCAGCAAAUUGCACCCGGGAGAGUAAGGCGGAGAGAGAGGUGGAGAAAAGGCCUCGCUCGCCCGCUCGGGGCGUGACUACACCAGUGACCGCGGCCGGGACGGACACACGAGUCACGGACAUUCAUUGCUGGCCGGGAUCGGAGGCUCGCCUUUUCAUUGGCCACCCUGAGACAGGAGGCGAUUGGGUGGAGUGGCCGAAUGGGCGGGGUCAGGGCCGCUCCGCCCUUCUUCACUCUGAUUGGCUUUGGCACGAGGAGGAUUGGACUGCCAGGGAAUGUUCCGAUUGGUCCGACUCCGAUCCUCAGCGGCCCCGCUCCGCUGGUUGUCCUCCCGCUACCGGGUCCGCUGUGCCCGGAGCCCACGUCCCGCUGCCGCCCCGCACGCCCGGGCGGUCCCGAAGACCUGCGGCGGGAUGUUCUGGCGAGCCCGGCGGAUGGUGCGGGACGCUGCGUUCCCAGGGCGCGGGGCUGUCAGUCUCUCCUCUGAGGCCCUGGUAGGAGAAGCAGGAAAGAAGACACACAAGCGCGAGUCAGCUGACCAGGAGGGAAGAAAACCAUGCCAGCCCAGGAAAGCUGCCAGUAGGACAAGCAGCAGACAAACCGUGACUGGUGAAAAGCCAGCAAAAUGGGACGCGAAGGAAAGGGACUCUGGACAGAGUGACCUCCCUGCCUUUAGGUCUCAAUCAUGUAUUGGCCAAAUUUUGCAUUUCUGCAGCAGUCAGGUGGAAGGUGGACAACCCUGUAAGCAAGGCGUGUGUCACUGCCACCUCGUUUGUAAAGGCUGUGGAUCUGGUUGGUGGUCUUGUGCAGCGCAGCUGCCCUACUAUCGGGGUCCAGGCCAGCUGCCAGACACGCUGCCUCUUACUGAGCACGAAUGACAGGUGAUUUGAAUGUCCGUAGCGCUGGAUGUCCCCUAAUCAGCAGACCAAGUCCACUGCUAUUCCCAACCAGUUGGAGAGGUGCCCCUGUAAGUAGGGCGGGCAUAACCUUCUGCUGGCCUGAGAGCCGGAGCAGCCUGCAGCACUGUGCAGCACGAUGGCCUUGCAGACAGGAGCCGAGUCUCGUUGGUGACAGCAAACUCCUUAGAACCCAGAGCUUGAUGACCCUCUCGUGGCUGGGUUGAAGCUUGCGGCCUCCUCUCUGAUCCCUGUGUCCAAGCACCCGUCCUUCCUGCAUCUGUGCCUGGCACUCCUCAUCCAGAUGGCUGGGCCGCCCUGUAACGAGGGUGCGUCAGCCGCGUGACAAGAGCAAACAGACAGUGACGUCAUGGGCCUCCACUCGCAGUGUGCAGGAAAACUGGCUCAGUGCUGCCCUCCCGUGGUGCGCUCCUAGCACUGCAGCCACGAGGAGCGGCGCCCAGGAGGGCGGACGAACCGGCAGCUCGGUGCUGCCCUCCUGUGGUCGCGUCGGGGCAUUGCUGCGGCCCGUGAGGGCGGGGAAGGAGCCGGGCUCAGAGCCGCCCUCCCGUGGCCGCGCCGGGCAUUGCGGCGGGGAGACCCGGGCGGGCACCCCAGCCGGCUCGGCUCCGCGCUGCCCGCCUGGGGCUGCAGCGGGGCUUGGAGCCCGGAGAUAGCGACCCGGAACGAAGCCGGCUCCGUGCCGCCCUCAUUGCGCUUCAACCGAAACCCCUGCCCUAUGCUACUGCCCUAGGGUUCAAGCCGAGAGAUGAGGGCAGAGAGAAGGACAGCUGCUCCGGGCCCCGGGCCUCCAGCUCGGGCAGGCAGGAGAUCGAGGCAGAGAGAGAAGGAAUACAAAGACCUCCCUCUCUCGAGGGUCACUCGGGCAGUGACCCGCGGCCGGGGCAGGCGCUGCUCGGGGCGGACGCACGCUGCGCAGACAUCGACUCAGGGCCGGGCAGACCGCCAGGGCCGGGAUCCAAGGCUCGUGUUCCCAUUGGCCAACAGCAGCCGGGAGGCGAUUGGGUGGAAUGGCCUCCUGGGCGGAGUCACGGCCACUCCGCCCUUCUUCACUCUGAUUGGCCUGUGCCUAGGUAGGCGGGACCAGGAGCCCGGCCUCCUUAUUCGAAUUCUGAUUGGCUGACGGACAAGGUGGGUGUGUGCGGGUUUCUCUGCGCCGAUUGGUCCGACUCCGAUCCUCAGCGGCCCCGCUCAGCUGGGUGUCCGCUGAGCUUGGCGCCGAGCCCAAGUCCCGCUGCUGGGCCGGACCGAUUGGUCCGACUCCCAUCCCUGCGGCCCCGCUCAGCUGGUUGUCGUCCCACGGCCGGUCGCUGUGCCCGGAGCGCGCACAGCCGGGCGGUCCCGGAGAGCUGCGGCGGGAUGUUCUGGCGACCUCGGCCAGUCGUGCGGGUCACUGCGUUCCCAGGGCGCGGGGCCUGUCGAGCUUUCCUCUGAGGUGGGAGUUGAGCCUGAAGCUGUUUGUCUGUCCCGGUGCCCCUUGUCUCUCCUUCUCCCGCCCGGGAAGCCACCCUGCCUCCUCGAUGUGCCGGCAGGGUUUUGUUUCCUCGGCCUUUGAAGCCGGCUGCUCCGCGCAGGGUGAAGCGCAGGGAGGGCGUGGGCACGGAGCCGGCUUGGGUGCCCGCCCAGGUCUCCCCGCCGCAAUGCCCAGUGCGGCCACAGGAGGGCAGCUCUGAGCAGGGAUAUGGCUUAGUAUGUCUUAGUAUGAAGGGAAAGUUCGGCUGAGUGCUGCCCUCCUGUGGUGAUCUCCAAGAACUACAGCCCCGAGGAGAGGCGCCGCGGAGGUGAGACGAACACGCUGCUCGGUGCUGCCCUCCUGUGGUCGCAUCGGGGUAUUGACGCAGCCCGGGAAGGAGGAGACCAAUCCCCUUACAUUGUGUACAGAUGUAUCCAGUACGGCUGUGUGUGUAUACCGAUAUUCAGAUAGUAUGCGCGUGUUUGUACUACACACCCUCCUGAAUAUAGUUAUCUCUCUGUCUCUACCCGCGGCGACAGUGAUGUAGCUGUUCAGCUUUCAUCUCUGCAUUUAACCGCAUACGAAUGGGUGUAGUUAGUACAUAUGUACUAAUAGGUGUCAUGUGCAUUGGGCAUCCACACAUAGGCUGAAGACAAACCGUGCUCAGUGCUGCCCUCCGGUGCUUCGCUCUUACCACUGCAGCGGUGCUGCGGAGGGGCGACGAACCCGCUGCUCGAUGCUGCCCUCCUGUGGUCGCGUCGGCGCAUUGUUGCAGCCCGUGA